AUGUCACAACAUUCAUCAUCAAACUUAUUCUCACAAAUACAGCCAGUGUCACCUCUUGACUCGAAUCAUGCAUUCCUAGACCGUUACAAUUUGGAGGUCAGCAGCGAGUUGGGCGAUCUGGACAAGUACGGCCUGAUGUCCGACGAGUCGUCGCUGCACAACACCACAAACAUUGACCUCGACACGAACCCCUCGUUCAUCGGCCGGCCCACCCUGUCGUCCACCUUCAACUACUCCGGCCGUUCAAGUCGUGUCGGCGACGACAAUGGACGAUCCUAUUCAAAUGGACGCUACGGCAUUGCCGACAGUCACCUCGUUGACACCACUGUCAACAACACCAACACAUCAUACAGUCGCUACUACGACGACGUGUCGAGCGAUCACUUUGGCAACAGCAUGAACAACUCUGUCAUCAACAAUAGACCAUAUCGUACAUACUUUAGUGAUGACACAGCCUCAACAUCAGUCAUCAACAAUAACAACAACAACAACAAUAGUAACUACAAUGAGAGUGUUAUUCAUCAACCAACAAUGUCUCGACAACCAACAAUGAAUGAUACAACAACAAUGAUGUCAUCGAUGGCUUCAUCCAGGAAUGAGACACUCAAUGACACAGUCAUACACGGCAGAGACACCCUCAGAUAUGGCAACUCGAUGGCUUCGUCCACCCUACCAUCCACAGCUCCAGGAGGUGGCUCAGUGCUCAGACAGCCAGCCCCUAGUGCUGGCGCUGGCGCGUCCCAUUACUCUGCCAUGCCAUCCAACAACAACAACAACAACAACAACAACAUUAACAGACGCGACAAUCCACUUGACUUCAAUCCCAAUAUAUCAUCAAACUCACUUGAUCAAGGCAGGACAAACUAUUACAUGGACGAUCAAUCAUUCAUUGGAACGACAGCAACGACGUCUAUGAUGGGCGCUCCACAACCGUCUGCAGCAAACUUGAAUGGAUCGACCAAUAGCAGACUGCAGGGUGGAUUGGGACGCAUGUCGUUCUCCUACAACGAGGACUCGUUGUCCUACACUCCCGAGACAUAUCAGCCAUCACAAUCAACGGGUGGCCUCACAACAGCAGGCCUCUCUGCAUCACUCGCCAAUACACCAGCGCCAAACCACAACAACAGGCCAACAUCAAACAUGCCACAACAACAACAGCAGCCAACAGUGACGCCAGGCACAUUCUUUGGCGAGAAAACACAUACGAUGGGCACGCUGAGCGGCCACGGCACCCCACCCACCUUUGGUUCAGCCGGCAACGGACAGCCAACACCGAUCCAUCCGUCCAACCACAGCGUCAACACCACAACCUACGUCUCACCUGUCAACAGUAUGAUAGAGUCGGAGGUGCCGCCAGGGGCGCGCAAUGAUAUCAAUACCAUUGCUCGACCCACAAUCAUCACCUACAAUCAUAGGAACACUGAUCUCCUCGAAAAAGAGUACCAACGACUGAUGAACAAGUUCAACCUUGGUGACGGCAGCGGCGGCGGUUUCGGAGGCGGAGGCGGUGGAGGCAAUGCCGGCCCCGCUGCCCUCCCCAUCGCAGCCGAGUCGACCAACAGACGCGUAACAUGGGACGUGUCAUCAAUGGAUAAUAGCCAAGGCUCUGCUGCUCCCGCCCCGUCCGGCAACAAGGAGGAGGAGUACCCCGCCGUGCAGACCGACGGACACGUCAGCUUUGGCUCGUGUGAGAAGGACUGGUUCGUCGAGAGGACCGUGGGUAUCACCAACCCCAACCCCUACGCCAUGACCAUUGUGUCAUACUCCUUCCAGGGCGCGUCGCGCGACCUGUUCAAGGUGACGAUGCAACCAGAGUACAUUGGCGCACCGAUCCAGAUUGUGGCCUACUCGCGCUUUGAGCUGCCAGUCCAGUUUGCGCCGGUGGUUGCCAAGGACGGCGAAUACGAGGUCACGCUAUCGCUCGUCGUGGUGCCAUCGCCCGCCACCGAGAUGCCCAACGGUCUCGUCGGUACAAUGGCGUCGAUUGUCAAUAUCGUUCUGUCGGGUCGCUGCAUCAACACGCUGAAUGCCAACAGCGACCUGUUGCACUAUCACAAUAUACUGGAUCUGGGCGAGUGCUACCCUGGCGAGAUGCUGCACGGCGAGUUCAUCUCGGACAACAGUCGCCAGGUGGUAGAGAUACGCGGCAAUGGCUACCGAUUGGAUCGCGUUGACAACCAGCACGUGGCGCUCAAGUUCACCGCGCCGGACCGCAUGGUUGCCACGGGUGAGGCAGUCAUCCACGACAGCACACUGGGCAUCAAGAAGGUCGUCAAGCUGACCGCAAAUGUGGUCAAAGCUCAGGCUCAGACUCAGCCACAAACUCAUACUCAGCAGCGAGCACAACCACAGACGACUCAGACUCUUUCCCAGAGUCAGACACAGCCACAGAGGAGACAUACACAGCAUCAUACAUCUGAGCCGCAGUAUGCUGUUGAGUACCAGAUGGUCGAGGUGGGCAACAACCAGCAACGCCAGUUGGAGCUCAAGCUGCCGGCCUUUGCCAUGCAACAGGGUGUGUUUGCUGUGGGCAUGGACGAGGUGAAGUUGCCAUUGGAGUACUCUGGCAAGGGAUCUUUGGAGCUCAUCUGCACAUCGACCAACCCCAACUACCUCAUCAAACCCGAUCGCUUCACCUUGAGUGCGCAGAGCCCCAAUCACUCAAUCGUGUUGUCCAUCAGAUAUCGCGAAGUCGUCGCACAGGCCUCCACCAUGCCCUCUUUCCUUCUUAUCACCAGCCCAUCAUCAAACGAUGCCAUAAAGGUCAACCUGCUCCUGGAGAAGCCAGAGAUACCUCGCACAAAUGGCCAUGGUCAGGGUCAUCAAUCAUCCAACCCAGCCCUGUCCAAGUCGAUGCCAAAUGGCACCACGCGACAAUUCUCCACCCGCUCCGCGAGCAACAACAGGGGCGACGAGGAAACAACAUAUAUGAACAGGGAGCCAACGUCUACUUCGACAACUCCUUCGCCCCAACUCACACCGGACCAGUCACCAGAGAGACCCUCCAGGGACAUCUCGGUCAUGUAUGAUGAUGACGAGAAUGGCGAGCCCGAAUACAUUGGCGUUAUCAAGUCACGUGGCCUGCAGCAUGGCACGAGCAACACAGGAAGCACAGGCAACAUCAACAAUCCAAGUGGUAUCCAGAUCUUUUGUGGAAGAAGGUUGGUCACUUUUGGUGGCGUGCCAUUGGGCAACAGCCGCUUCCAGCGCAUCCGCUUGAGCUCGUCGGAUUCAAAGAGCCUUCAGCUGCAGACAUCGCUGGUCACGCCGCAGGACAACCAGCUGCACAUCAACACUGGCUCGAUACUGAUCCAGCCAAACAAGUCGGUCGAACUCGAGAUCGAGUACACGCCAACGCAGGCCACCACGCACUCCAACGCCAUCCGCAUCUCUAUGCGCGACGGUCGCUCCUUCACCAUUCCCGUGCGCGGCUACGGAGGUGCCGCCAAGCUGCAGAUCCUCUCGCCCUUCUACACCGAUCCCAAGACCGGCCACGCACUUAUCUACGUCAACUCGUCGUUUGGUAAUGGCCAGGCCAAUGGUCGCCAGGGCUACACCUGCAUGCUCUCGGUCAAGAACAACGGACAUCGCCCUGGCUUUGUGCGCCCACUCGCUCAAUUCAAGCGCGCAAACAUCGAGAUUAUACCAGCAUCGGCUGUGAUUGGCGUAGGCAAGCGCAUGGACUUUAUCAUCGAGAUCACGCCAGAGGCUGGCACGUCCAAGGACUGGACCAAGGGCACCGGCAUGAUCAAACUGUUCUAUGGCGAUGAGAUUGCGCGCCAGAGACGACGCCGCGCCAAGACCAUUGUGGGCCUGCCUGAUCAGACACCCAAGAAGAAGCGUCUACCCAACGUCGAGUACACGUCGUUCGAGUGGUUCGACCAGGACUUCCUGGAUGAGGACCAGUUCCCCAACGAGGACGAUCCAGAUAUCAAGGGCAACAUUGCCUACGACAAGUCAUUCAACACACACGAGCUCGAGCUCUUUGAUGAGAAUCUGCAGUCUAUCAUUGUGAUACCUGUUGUGGGUGCGCCACCCUCUGCCGCCACACCUGCCAAGCCCGCCGACACUGUGUCCACACCCAUCCGCGCCCCAGCCAACAACCCCGUCGCCUCUGGAUCGGUGAUGACCAACAAUGAGAACUUUAUCAGAGAGUUUGACUCGAUGUCUUUGGCCAACUACGACGUGGCCACAGAGGAGAAUGAAGAGGAUGUGAGUCCACAGACAAAGUAUCAGUCCAACAACAAUGGAUUGUUCGCGACACAGACUCAGGGCUCAACCGCCGCGACUGUCCCAAUGAAUGGAAGCACAAAUAGGCAACCAUCAAUGUACAACCCUGUAUCCUCCACCUUUACUCAAUCACGUCCAAGGACACCAACAAACAACGCAACGACAACCACGACAACCACGGCGUCAAAGAACAACAACAACAACAAUAGCCAGUACCAGUCACAGACACAACCACCACAGCCUCAACACUCGGCUGUUAGACCUGGCAACGCAUCUAUGGCAGCAUUUGACAAGACACAGGUGGCAACUCCAUCACAGUAUCCUGCCAGGUUCGCACCACUGUAUCAGCAGACAGCUCCAGCACCUGCCCCACCCGCAUCCUCUCUGCGGUCAUCGGCCAAUGACCUGAGCAUGAGGGACAUCCAGACACCCACAACAGCCUCAACUAUAUCGUCCAACUCACUCCGCCAGCCACAGUCUGGCAACAACAAUAGCACCACCCCAGGACUGGCGACAUCGACCACAACAUCCUACUUCCCCUCAAACAUGUUCAACACUGUCGUCAACAACAGUGCAGGUCGAUCAUACAAUGGCAGUGGUAGUGUCAGUGGCUACGAUAUGAAGGAGGACGACUCCAACAACUCCCUGGACCUGUCGCCAGACGCGUCUACUGAGCAUGAUGUCAGCCAUCAAACAUCGAUCAACAACAACAGUGUAUAUAAUAACCAAUCAGUAUUCAAGGACCCGUACGCAACGCCCAACAAUCAGUCACGCUAUGGAAACUACAACAACUCAAAUAGCUUCAUGGGCGGCAGCGUCAACUUUGAUCCCAAGCUGGCGUCGGUGUUCAUCUCUGCGCCGCCACCCGUCGACCACAACCUGAGCAUCAACUUCAAUAUGAUGUAUCCUGGCGAGUCACCGGUGGACUUUGGCGACGUGGCUAUCAACACGAGGACCAACAGCAAGAUCUGUGUGGUCAAUCCUACGGACGAGGAGAUCACCGUGAUGCUGUCUGAUCCUGGCGAUCCAUUCUACCUGGAGCCAGACAUUGGCAACAUCAUCACACUGGCGCCCAAGAAGAUAACGCGCGUCCCCAUCUACUUUGCGCCAAGACAACAUGGCGACCAGUUUGUCAACUACCUUCGUGUCACCAGCAUGCCCAUUGACGACUCGGAGCCACCUGUCUACUGCGACUUUGAGCUGACUGGUCAAUGUACUUGA